AGUGAGUUCAUUCCCUCGAGCCGAGGAGACCGAGCGCAGUCGUUAGGUUUUUGCCCUUCCGUUGAUAUCAAGCACCACGAACAAGCGAGACAACGGACAGACCUUUACACCGAGCCCGGCCAUGGACGAACAGGCGGGGCCCGGCGUGUUCUUCAACAACAAUAACAACUCUGUUUUAGCCGGCGGUGGGAAAGGACCGCUGCCUGAUGGCGACGCUGGGGAGGCGGCCAGGGCGCAGUACAGUAUCCCGGGGAUCCUGCACUUCCUGCAGCACGAAUGGGCCCGUUUCGAAGUAGAGAGAGCACAAUGGGAGGUGGAGCGCGCCGAAUUACAGGCCCAAAUCGCAUUCCUGCAAGGGGAGAGGAAAGGUCAGGAGAACUUGAAGAAAGACCUUGUGAGGAGGAUCAAAAUGCUGGAGUACGCGCUGAAGCAAGAGAGAGCAAAGUACCACAAGUUAAAAUAUGGGACAGAGUUAAAUCAAGGUGACAUGAAGCCUCCGACCUACGACUCAGAUGAAACCAACGAGAAUGAGUCUUCUGGAUCGCUCAACAAUCAGCUGUCCUGGAAACAAGGCCGUCAGCUCCUCAGACAGUACCUGCAGGAGGUGGGCUACACAGACACCAUCUUAGAUGUGAAGUCCCAGCGCGUCCGAGCGCUGCUAGGACUAGCUGGGGACGGAGGCGGGAGGACGGGGGAACGGACCAGUACUGAGCCUUUAGUCAACGGGACAGACGCAUCAACAAAGGGCGGCAGAGGAAAAGCUGAGCCCUCUGACACCAGCGCUGUCCUGGAGGCCUUUAAGUUCAUCGAGAAUGCUGCAGCAGAGUUCAGCGAUGAUGAUGAUGAUGAGGACAGCUACGGGAGGGACAGGCCUAAUGUGGAGUCCAGGACGAUCCUGAGAAAGAAGCCCACGUCGUCAAUUACGCCGGCCAGUAUGGACACGAGCGAGGACCCUGACACAGAGGAGGCUAUGAAGGGCUUUGACUUCCUGUCCAGUCCUGACGAGAUGGACACCUCGCCGGAGUCCAGAGGCAACGGGGACGGAACAGACUGGGAGAAGGACGAGCAAGGUCCCAUUUCUGAGGCCUGGGACGUGGACCCGGGCAUGAUAACCAAACUCAAGGAGGAGUACAGAAAGGAGCGCAAGGGGAAAAAGGGGGUGAAGAGACCAAACCGGUCCAAGCUGCAGGACAUGCUGGCUAACCUGAGGGAUGCAGAGGACCUGUCCCACAUGCAGCCCCCACCAUCCAGCCCCCAAUCCCGACCCAACGCGGUCCGGUUCAACGAGCAUGAGGGGAACCGACCGGAUGAAGUUGAGGCGCUGACCUUCCCGCCCACCUCGGGGAAGUCCUUCAUUAUGGGUGCAGACGAAGCCAUGGAGAGCGAGCUGGGCCUGGGGGAGCUGGCUGGACUCACCGUGGCCAACGAGGCCGACAGUCUGGCGUACGAUAUUGGCAACAAUAAAGAUGCCAUGAGAAAAACAUGGAACCCCAAAUUCACUCUGCGGAGCCAUUUUGACGGGAUUCGCGCUUUGGCCUUUCACCCGGUGGAGCCCGUCCUGGUCACCGCCUCCGAGGAUCACACACUCAAGAUGUGGAACCUUCAAAAGACCGCUCCUGCCAAAAAGAGUGCAUCUUUAGAUGUGGAACCAAUCUACACUUUCAGGGCUCACAGGGGGGCUGUGCUGAGUGUGGUGAUGAGCAGCACAGGGGAACAGUGUUUCAGCGGAGGGGUGGACGGGACUAUUCAGUGCUGGAACACCCCCAACCCCAACAUCGACCCCUACGACUCCUACGACCCCUCCAUGCUGCGGGGGGCGCUGUGCGGACACACCGACUCCGUGUGGGGUCUGGUGUACAGCAGCGCACACCAGCGCCUCCUCUCCUGCUCUGCAGACGGGACUGUGAGACUGUGGGACGCCAACACCACCUCCUCCGCCCUUGCAGUAUUCAACGAAGACAAAAAGCUGGGGAUCCCCUCCUCAGUAGACCUGGUAUGCAGUGACCCGGCCCACCUGGUCUCAUCCUUCACUAACGGAGAGAUCGGACUCUUCAACAUGGAGACCCGCCAGCUGGUCCUCAGUCUCGAGUCCAACUUGGAGCCGGGCACUCCCUGCCAGAUCAAUAAGGUCCUCAGCCACCCGACUCUCCCCAUCACCAUCACCGCGGAGGAGGACAGACACAUCAAGUUCUUUGACAACAACAGCGGGAAAAUGAUUCACUCCAUGGUGGCUCACCUGGACGCUGUCACAAGCUUAGCUGUAGACCCCAACGGACUGUACCUCAUGUCAGGCAGUCAUGACUGCUCUAUCCGUCUGUGGAACCUGGAUAGUAAAACCUGCAUCCAGGAGUUCACGGCUCACAGAAAGAAGUUUGACGAGUCGAUCCACGACGUGGCGUUCCAUCCAACUAAAUGCUACAUCGCCAGCGCCGGGGCCGACGCUCUCGCCAAAGUGUUCGUAUGACGCGGAGCUGCGUGUCCCCCUGCAGCCCCGCUCUCGGACUCAGUCUCCCAUGAUCAGGGACCAAUAGAGACACAGGGGGGGAGGACCUUCAGGCAGGGGUCUAGUCCCACCUCUCACAGCCCACUGGUUUCUUGUCCCACUGGCAGACUAUGUAGCCUCAAAACGGACCGUGACUCUCCAUGACGAGGGUCGGCAGGGAGGGCAGUCAGGAGGAAAUCUGCUCUCUUGACCCCCCCCCCACCCAUCUACCAUCCAGGCAGGCUGGGUGUGACCCGCCACAGCACCCCCCCUCCUCAGACAGACUCACCUCUGUAACUAGCAGGCUCAGGACAAGUGUUAGAGCAAGGAGUGGAGAAAUUAGGUUUCAAGCCGGUCUUCUGCCCCGUGACUUCACGCUCAUCCCAAAUCCCCCUGACCCCUCAACCCUCUCACACACCAGGUCCGGGCUCUUUUACUCCAAGUCAGGUUUUGUGUUGUGUUGUUCCAGAAAUGUGGGGUACUGAAGGCUCACUGCAGCUGUCGUGGCAGCCUCUCACUUCUUCUUCUUCUACUUCUCUGCUUCCCAGACUGACUCUGCUUGCUGGCCUGCCUUUAUUUUUUCCUUUUUAAAAACACGUAUUGACAAAUGUGCCUUUGCUUUAAAAAGGUCUUGAAAAAUGUUAUUUUAACAAGCUUGUUUUGGGGAACAGGGAGGGAGGGGACGGCGGAGAAAUGGAGAUGGAUGGUCACAAUGUUGUCGAUUUUAACAUUGGAUGUAAAAUUACAAAUGCUUAUAAUAAACAAAAUAUAUAUUCAGUCUUAAAAUUUACUGUGCAGCGUGAGUUUGAGUGCUCCUUUUUGAUAAGUGUGGUUGGGGAAUCAAUUUUGUGCAUUUCAAAGCUGGUAGAGUGAUACAGACCAUUAAAUAUAAUGCCUGUUUGUUAGAUUCAAGUAACUGUACACUUCAGAAGUAAGAUUGCAAGCGUAUGUGUCCAAAGUAAACCAUCUUGGUUAAAUAAUUACAAUUCAAACUUCUAGAUGUCCAUUUUAGGAAUAACUAACUAAUUUUGGCCAGUUUGCUCUUGUGUGAAUUGAAUGGCUUGUACUGUAUGUAGUUUUCCCCAAUUGUGCGGAUAUGCUCGACUACAAUGUGAUGUAUCAUGUCCGGAUAUUUACAGUAGUCCAAUGUUUAGCAGAAAUUAGUGCAGUACUGUGGGACUACUUGGAAAUAAUGAGUUCACCAUCCAACACUGAGGGAAGACAAAUAAAUGUCUCUAGUUUACUGGAGGACAAAGCUAUCCCGGGUUUAAAAAAAGACAAGUCAAUCAAGAUGUUGUACGUGUAGAGUGCAGCUUCAAAUGAGCCAUUUUCUCAGUCACUGGUUUGUAUAUGAAAGUAUGUUCAAAAUAAAACCUGCUGUAAAAUGUU